UCGUCACGUGAGCAGAUUGAAAUGUGGCGGCCCCCACGGUUGCAUCUGUGAUCAGUUUGUUGUACAGCUGGUUGUUACAAAGGUGUCCUACCCAUUAAAGCUGCUGUGCAAUAUAAUAACGCUUCUUGAUUCCCUUAGUAUUCAGUACUUAUACCUUCAGCUUCUCUUUUCACGGCGGAAUCGAGAGAAAAACUCAUCGAAAUGUCGGCGAAUAAAGUUAUUCUGGUCACCGGUGGAACGGGUCUAGUUGGCAAAGCUGUAGAGAAAGUGACAAGUGAAGAUAAACGACCGGAUGAAACGUGGAUCUUCGUAUCUUCGAAGGAUGCAGACCUGACCAACAGAGAGCAGACAGAGGCACUUUUUGCAAAGCACAAGCCCACUCACGUCAUCCAUUUGGCAGCUAUGGUUGGGGGUCUCUUCAAGAACCUCAAGUAUAACCUCGAUUUUCUGCGAAACAACAUCAUGAUCAAUGAUAAUGUGCUGCACACCAGCUACCAAACUGGGGUGAAGAAAGUGGUCUCUUGCCUCUCAACCUGCAUCUUUCCCGACAAGACAGAAUAUCCCAUUGACGAGACCAUGGUGCACAAUGGGCCCCCCCACGAUUCAAACUUUGGGUACUCGUAUGCCAAGCGGCUGAUCGACAUCCAGAACAAGGCUUACCACGCUCAACACGGUUGCCGUUUCACCGCCGUGGUUCCAACUAAUGUAUUUGGACCGCAUGACAACUUCAACCUCGAAGAAGGCCAUGUUCUAGCUGGGCUCAUCAGCAAAACAUACAAAGCCAAAGAGUAUGGGACAUCACUGUCUGUGUGGGGCACCGGAAGCCCCCGACGGCAGUUCAUUUAUUCCCUUGACCUGGCUCGUCUCAUCAUCUGGGUGCUGAGGGAGUACGACGAGAUUGACCCUAUCAUUUUAUCAGUUGACGAAGACGAUGAGAUCAGCAUAAAAGACGCGGCAUGCCUAGUGACAGAUGCGUUCGACUUCAAAGGUGACGUGAUCUAUGACACAUCAAAGUCUGAUGGUCAGUACAAGAAAACAGCGAGCAAUAAGAAGUUGCGCUCAUACCUGCCUGACUUCAAGUUCACACCCAUUGCAAAAGCAAUUGAAGAGACUGUUGACUGGUAUGUUGCAAAUUACAAGACUGCUCGAAAAUGAAGGUCCAAGGAACUUAGCUCUGUUGGGUGUGGACGCUCUAAAGUGCAAUUUUGUAUUUUUUUUGUUAAUAAAUGGGUAUGGUGAUUUGAA